AAAAAAUUGUUAGCUGGGAUGGUUGUCAAAACCAUGGUUAUUUUGUGGUUACCAUGGUUUUACUACAGUAGCCAUGGUUUUUUGGUUUUAACUGUAGUAAAAUCAUAUAAUUAAUUUUCAUAAGGACGUAGCCUGCCUUUAUUUGUAACCACUACUUUUGCAGAAAAUGCAAAAACUUUUAUUAUCAAUUAUAACAGUGCUCCGUAGUUUUGUCAAUUAAGUUUCUCAAAACACGCGUUUUCUUUAAUGCCCCGCCCCUAAUGUAAUUACGUCGCAUUGCCGCUCAUUUUUACACAGUUACACGGAGUCGCAGCAGUAGGCUAGGCUGGUACUAGUAGUGAUGUUGUUGAUAUGGAUGUCAACGGUACACAGCAGCAACUCAGUCCUAAUUUAUUACGAACCCAGCAUGAGCAACCUGUAGUAGCUGUUUUUGAUAGAGUAUUUAAUGCCUUGCAACGUGCCAGACGCGAAUUAAUGGCUUCCACGUCUGCAAAUGAAACUUCCAACAUUUUGACCGCCACUAGAACACUCUUCAGGAGGCGUAGAAGUCAGAUUCAAGGCAUAUCCGCAAGAAGAGGACGUCCAACCUGGCAUGUGGGCCUCUUUCUUCUCCCAGGGCCAGACAUUCAGAGUCUUCCAUUGUUGUCUGACCGGACUGCACUGACAGAAAAUGGAUUAGGGGUUCCAGCCAAGGAAGUAGCAGAUGGUGAACUAUCAACAAUAGACUUGAACUGGAGCCUGGCAGAUCUGAACCAUUUUGUUUGUCAGAGCUUCCCUAUGAUUAGUUUGAAUCUUGUGGGUUUUGAGUUGGCAAAAGCAGACAAGGGGAAAAAAAUCAAAAAGGUCCAAGCAAACUCUGUGAGAGAUCUGAAAAAGGUUGUUGGAAAAAGCAGACUCUAUGUUAUCCCUCGUGCUGAAGUGAUCCAGACAAGCAACACGCCUCUGAGUCUACCUACAAACAUAGAUGCAUCAGAACCUUCUACAAGUAAUCAACAGGAAUCAACAGGAAAUGCUGUAACAACAAAUUAUUUAGAGACAAGCAACACGUCUCUGAGUCUACCUACAAACAUAGAUCCACAAGAACCUUCUACAAGUAAUCGACAGGAAUCAACAGGAAAUGCUGUAACAACAAAUGAUUUAGAGGAGUGGAGAGCUUUAAGGGCUCAACAAGACAUAGAAUAUGAUGAAUCAUUGAGAGCUGAUCAGGAAAAGGAUCGGAGAAGACAAGAGGUGUCAGAAUAUGAAGAGAGACGCCUUAAGACAAUAGAAGAAAGACAAAUGAGGAGGACUGAAGAACCAGCUGAUGGAAUUCCACUAAAAUUUACUUUCCCAGAUGGUACAGUAGAAAUCAGAAGGUUCCUAACAUCGGAUCAAAUGCAGGUUCUGUUUGACUUCGCUGGGUCACAUUCCUCAGCCAGUGAGUAUUUUUACAUUAGGGUAGCUACAUCACCAAUAUUAAUAAUCAACACAGUGUCUGGAACUCUCCUGGAUCAUUACUUGACCUCCCCAUUGAACAUUCAUGUUCGAUGGAUGGACAUGAUGGAUGUCCAGGCCAUUGUUCAGCAGCAAAAUCCAGUUGUUUUGCAAACUUCAGAUCAAUCUCAAGUUAUUGAUGACCUUGAAAUAGAUCCCCCAGAAGAUUUGUACUCCAUUCAGAAUGAGAUUGUUCAAGGUGGCUUAGAAAUUAUAGCUUCUGGUAUUCAAGAAGAAAUUUACUCCAACCACAAUGAGACUGUCUUUGAUGACUUUGAAAUGAUAGAUCCUGUACCAUUAUACUCUAACUACAUUGACAUUAUGCCAGACAGUGACAUUUUAGAGCUAGAUGACCAAGAAACUCCAGAUGGUUCUGAAAGUGUGCAUGCAGAAGACCUGGACUGUUCUACAGAAGAUGUGCUUUUGGAACUUGGGGGACAAAUAAACUACAAUUCAAGUUGCAGAUUCAACGUAAACAGAAAAAAUGUUCUAGAUGGUGCAUUUAGAGCUUUCAGACGAAAAUCCCAUGAUCCCUUCAAGAGAAUUUCUGUCAGAUUUUCUGAUGAAUGUGGAAAUUUUGAGGAGGCUGUUGAUUUGGGAGGCCCACGGAGGGAGUUCCUCACCUUGCUCAUAGAGGAGAUUGAGAAAUCUCCAAUGCUAGCAGGCCCAGAUGGACAGAAGAAUCUUGCUCUUGACUCAGUUGCUGUCAGAGAAGACCGAUACUACUUGAUUGGAAAAGCAAUAGCUAUUAGCAUGGUUCAUGGGGGACCAUCACCAGGAUUUUUUUCACCCACUUUAUUUGAGUGCAUCAUCAAUGGCAAUGUCUCACCCACUAUAGGAGAUGUGAAUGACUUUGACUUGCAAGCUAAUAUCACAAAGAUAUCACGUGCUGUAUCCACGGAGGAGUUACGUCAGGCGACAGAGUCUAUGAGUGAAUACCUGGCAAAUGCAGGCUGCCUUCGCGUUAUAAAAAGCCUUCAAGACAAAGAUCUGCUUUUACAAGACAUCCUCUUGUUCCAAGUUGUGAACAGACUCCAUGGUCCACUUGAACGAUUCAAGGAGGGUCUGAGGACUCUAGGAUUGUUGGAUGCUGUUGUUAAACAUAAAGAGGCCUUCAGACCCCUGUUUUGCAGCCCACAAAAAGCACUUACUGCAGACAGCCUAGAUGACUUGUUUGAAAUCCAUUACUCCAUUGCUGGUAGUAACAGACGGGCUCAAGAGAAUGCCACAGUAGCUUUCUGGAGGGACUAUCUUCUGGAUGCAGAAGAAGGCAACUCUAACUGCUCACUGAAUAAAAUUCUUAUGUUUGCAACUGGAUGUAGUUGUCUGCCAGCAAUUGGAUUAAAGCCAAAGCCAUCAAUAGAGUUUCUACAUUCUACUGACUCCUUGCCGCCUACUGCUUCAGUUGGAGAGAAGUUUCCGACGGCAAACACAUGUGUGAACUGCUUACGUCUUCCUUUACACAAGGACUAUGCAACUUUUAAGGCUAAUAUGGAUUUUGCCCUCUGCAAUACACAAGGCUUUGGCCAAGAGUAAGAGAAGAAAAAGUAAGGUCAAGAGAAGUGUUCACUAAUGCAGUUUUAUUCAAAUGUUCCUGGCUUCAUGCAUUGAGAGUUUGAUUUAAAUUGUAUAAUUUUAAAAUGCGGUUUAUAAAGUUUUAAAAUGCAGACAUGCUUUCUGCAGAGCUUAAUAAAAAAAAGUUAAUGUGGUCAACUUUAUAUAAAGUUAAAUGGAAAACAGUUUUUCUCUGACUUGUUAAGUUUCCAGAAGGUGUUAAAGGGACACUCUGCUUUUUUUGAAAUUAUACUGAUUUUCCAGCUCCCCUAGAGUUAAACAUUUGUUUUGGAAUCCAUUCAGCUGAUCUCCAGGUCUGGCGCUUACCACUUUUAGCAUAGCUUAGCAUAAUCUAUUGAAUCUGAUUAGACCAUUAGCAUCGCACAAAAA